GUGUGGACUGUGAUUGUUGUUUUGAUAUGAGACAUUGAUUUGGCUACAUAACAGCUACAUCCUACUGUACAUGAUGGGCCACUGACUUUGUGAUUUGUAGCCGGGGUAAAUAUGUCCAUUUAUGGAAACGGGUAUGAUUGCUGUCGUCAGGAGAGUUCUAAUCCAGGGUCGUGUGUUACUUUCUUCAAAGAAAGUGGACUCAUAAUGAAACAGCAGGCACGUAGCCAGGGGGAGUCAAGGGGUUCAAACGAAUUGUGCAUUUUGCUGAGAAAAGGUCCGCUUUGGAUAAAAAUUGAUCUAGUUAUUACAAUUUGGAUGAUACUGAUCAUGACAGCAUCAACAAGUUUCUGUCUUCACUUGUGGAGAGAGCACUGGUGGAACUGGAGGCUUCUUCCUGCAUUGGAAUUGGUGAUGAUGGCUCUAGCAUUGAAGCUCUUACUUUGGGGCGCAUAUCCUCUUACUACUACUUGAAUCACUUGACAGUGAGGAUGUUUCAGGACAAUCUCACUCCAAACUCCACACUUGAAGAGCUCUUGACAAUGCUGUCGGAUGCCCAUGAGUAUGCUGAGUUACCAGUACGGCACAAUGAAGAUCAGAUCAACAGUGAACUUGCCCCCAGGCUCCCCCUAGCAGUGAACCCUCACUCCUAUGACAGUGCCCACACCAAGGCUCAUCUGCUGUUCCAGGCUCACUUCAGCCAGUCCACACUCCCUUCCACAGACUAUCUCACAGAUACAAAGUCUGUGCUGGACCAGGCUAUAAGAAUUUUACAGGCCAUGUUAGAUGCUACAGCAGACCAGGGCAACUUGAUUCCAGCUCUGCAUGUCAUUAACCUGGUACAGAUGGUGGUCCAAGGAAGAUGGGCACAUGAGUCAUCCCUCCUUAUUCUCCCACAUAUCCAUUCUUAUAACCUACACUGUAUUAGGUAUGUUGGAGAUAAGACAGGAAAGAAAAGGACUGCUAUUGAGAGCCUUCCUGAACUGAUGGCUUACGCUGAAGACAGGUUUGAGUUGUUGUUGGAAAUGUUGGAGGGAGAGAUUGAAAGAAAGGAAAUCAGUCAGGUGUACACUGUACUUCAGCAACUGCCAGUGAUAGAUGUGAAGAUGACAGUCAGAGGUUGGUGGGAGGGUGAAACUGGACAGGUGGAAAAGAUGGUGCCAAUGUCUCAUAAAGGUGGAUCUCGGCCAGACAAAGACUGGAUUCCAGUUCAUGCAGAUCAGGAAUAUGUCCUGAAUGUGGAGCUGAGAAGAGCAAAUAAGGUCAAGAAGCAUGACAGCAAGGCCUAUACCAGCAGGUUUCCAAAACCAAAAGAUGAAGGCUGGUUUCUUGUGAUUGGGGAAGUGGACAAGAAAGAGCUGAUCGCCUUGAAGAGAGUGGGUUAUGUCCGCAACAGGACCAAUGUCCAGCUUGCACUGUACACACCUGAGAUACCAGGCCGUGUGAUUUACACUCUUUACUUGAUGAGUGAUGCUUACCUGGGUCUGGACCAACAGUAUGAUAUUUGCCUGGAUGUUGUACCUGCCAGCAUAGAGGCUCAGGUUAAUACAGAGCUUAAGGAAGAGCUGGAGGGGCUGGACUUUUAGAUUGGUUAUACUAUAAGGCAGGCAUUAAUCUGGCUUUUCAAAUGUGAUAAUAACAAAAACUUGCCACUGUUUGAAAGACGGAUUAUAUUAACACCUUAAAGUUGGGGGAAUUGGUUGAGGGAAACAGUUAAAAGAAAAUUACCAGUCAAUAACUAGUCAUUUUGUCUCUAAUGCGAGUUCUUUGCCAAUGUUAGACUGCGUUGAAAGUUCACACUUGAUUUAAAGUAAAAUUGACGAAGAUAAAAGAUUCAUUGAGAAUGAUUUUUUUAUCUCCAUUCUUUAUAAUGAUAGUAGUUGCUAUUUAUUUUAAUUGAAACCAGUAUACAAAUCAGGCGUUUUAUUAAUCUGAAAUUCUUUACAAAGAAAGUAACUUUAUUGAAGCUCUUUUUAAACUUGUUGAGUGCAAACAUUGACGACAUAGUCAGAAAAAAAUUUUGAUGAAAUGUUGAAUAAUCCACCUAAGCAAUACUAUAAUACUCCCCUGGGGAAAGGUAUUAUGUUCAUUAGGGACUGGUUUCAUAAAAGAAAGACCAAAAUAUGGUGUUAUAUUGUGUAACCCUCAGACAGAACUUUGGUCUCCUUUAGUUCAGGUUAAAAAUAACUGUCAGUAAAAAUAGAAUAAAUGUUAGUCCAAAACAAAAGCCAGGUAUUAUUUUUAUUAUUAUU